AUGGCUAAACGGACAGCAACUUUACUGGCUGCUACAGCCUUGUUUAGUGGUACAUGGGCUCAGUACAAUGCUUCCUCCUUUCCGAAGCCAGGAAGCAUGUAUAGUGUUGCUCAAUGUGCUGCCAAUGCUGGAAUCUGUCUACCAGGGCAAUGGCCAACACCGGACAGAGUGCCUGCCGUAGUUCCGGAAUGGGUAGCUUCUAUUAAUCUUACUGGACUUGCUUCUGCUACGAUACGACCAGCCUCGAUGCAGUUUAGUGUUGCUUGUGAUCCGACAUUGAUUGACUAUUACGGAGCAAAUGGCGUUUGUGAUUUUACAUGUGUUGGGUGUACGAGAGCGGGUAAUCCGUCUGUUGGCGGUGAAUAUACUACGUGUCCUACGAAGGGUGAUUGGGCUACUACGUAUGAUGAUGGGUCAAGUAACAACACAGUCCCCGUCCUGGAUCAUUUGAAAUCUCUAGGCGUCCACGCAACAUUCUUCGUAAUCGGGUCUCGUGUCUUGCAAAGACCAGAUAUCUUACUACGGACAUACAACGAAGGACAUCAGAUAUGUCUUCAUACUUGGGCACAUGCUGCACCUACCGCGAUGACCAACGAGCAAAUCGUGACUGAUACAUAUUGGACUGCUAAAGCUGUCUACCAAGUGCUUGGAAUUGUGCCUACUUGUACUCGAACACCCUAUGGUGACCAGGACGACCGAACUAGGUCGGUUUAUAAGGCUAUGGGAUUGAGAAUGAUGGGAUGGAACCGUGACACCUCCGACUGGAAAUCCAACAACCCCGCCCUGAAUUUCACGCCAUCAUGGAUUAUUGGCAACGUAUCGCAAUGGGUCGCUGCAGCUCCCAACUUGACAACAGGCAUAAUCUCACUAGAACACGACUUGUAUACCGUUACAGCCGCAUACGCCCUUCCAGCCCAAGACCUGAUAACACAAGCUGGAUUCAAGAUCAAAACCGUUGCCGAUUGCUUAUCAUACACCAACAUGUACCAAAGCAUCACCAACCCAACUGGCACCAACAUGAAUUUGACUUCACUAUCAAUGUAUUCGGAUGGUGGCGUAUUGAAAGUGGGCACGUCGGCUACUAGUGGAGUGAAUCCUGGAGCCGUGCUUGGGCUAGCUACGUUGCUGAUAUGUAUUGGAAUCAACCUCCUCUUUUUCAUCUAA